AUGCUGCAGAAACGAUGUUUGGAUCUGGGUUUCUUUUGGGGAGUCGUUGCUGCGGUGACAACUGGGUGCCAUCGCCACCGGCUCCGCAACCUCCGCCUGCGGGGGCUGCUCUGGGGCUGCGGGCGAGGGGGGGCGAGAGGGGGCCUGCGCGCCCCCGGGCUGCGGCUCCUGCUGCCCUGCCUGGUGCGCAUGGCCCUCUGCGCCCCCGCCGACCAGAGCCAGAGCUGGGCGCAGGACAAGAAGCUCAUCCUGCGGCUCCUCUCGGGCGUGGAGGCCGUCAACUCCAUCGUGGCCUUGCUCUCCGUGGACUUCCACGCCCUGGAGCAGGACGCCAGCAAGGAGCAGCAGCUCCGGCACAAGCUAGGAGGGGGCAGUGGAGAGAGCAUCUUGGUGUCGCAGCUUCAGCAUGGGCUGACACUGGAAUUUGAACACAGUGAUUCACCUCGUCGGCUUCGUCUUGUGCUUAGCGAAUUAUUAGCAAUUAUGAAUAAGGUGUCAGAAUCAAAUGGUGAGUUUUUCCUCAAAUCUUCCGAGCUCUUCGAGAGUCCUGUUUAUCUGGAGGAGGCAGCAGAUGUUCUCUGCAUUUUGCAAGCAGAGCUGCCGUCACUGUUGCCGAUAGUUGAUGUUGCCGAAGCUCUGUUGCACGUUAAAAAUGGAGCCUGGUUCCUCUGCCUUCUGGUGGCCAAUGUUCCUGAUAGCUUUAAUGAGGUUUGCAGAGGUUUGAUUAAGAACGGUGAACGGCAGGAUGAGGAAAGUGUUGGAGGCCGUCGAAGAACAGAAGCACUGCGCCACCUGUGUAAAAUGAACCCUUCCCAAGCUCUGAGGGUCCGAGGCAUGGUGGUGGAAGAGUGUCAUCUGCCAGGUCUUGGUGUGGCUUUGACCUUGGAUCACACCAAAAAUGAAUCUUCAGAUGAUGGAGUGAGCGACCUGGUGUGUUUUGUGAGUGGUUUGCUGCUUGGAACAAACGCAAAGGUUCGAACUUGGUUUGGAACUUUUAUCCGAAAUGGACAACAGAGAAAAAGAGAUAAUAUCAGUUCUGUGCUUUGGCAAAUGAGGAGGCAGCUGCUCCUGGAGCUCAUGGGAAUCCUUCCCACGGUUCGCAGCACGCACAUCGUUGAAGAAGCAGAUGUUGAUAUGGAGCCAAACGUGUCUGUGUAUUCAGGACUGAAGGAGGAGCAUGUCGUGAAAGCCAGCGCGUUGCUACGCCUCUACUGCGCUUUGAUGGGAAUUGCUGGGCUGAAGCCAACUGAUGAAGAAGCUGAGCAGCUGCUGCAGCUGAUGACCAGCCGGCCUCCCGCGACUCCAGCUGGUGUUCGCUUCGUAUCUCUUUCCUUCUGUAUGCUUCUGGCCUUCUCCACUCUUGUCAGCACCCCAGAACAGGAGCAACUCAUGGUAAUGUGGCUUAGUUGGAUGAUAAAGGAAGAAGCCUACUUUGAGAGCAUUUCUGGCGUGUCUGCUUCUUUUGGAGAGAUGCUUCUCUUGGUAGCCAUGUAUUUCCACAGCAAUCAGCUCAGUGCAAUCAUUGAUUUGGUCUGCUCCACCUUGGGAAUGAAGAUUGUUAUUAAGCCCAGCUCACUCAGCAGAAUGAAGACGAUCUUCACACAGGAGAUUUUCACUGAACAGGUUGUUACGGCCCACGCAGUUCGUGUGCCUGUUACAGGCAAUCUCAGUGCCAACAUUACUGGGUUUUUACCUAUUCACUGCAUUUACCAGCUUUUAAAAAGCCGAUCGUUCACCAAGCACAAAGUAUCUAUUAAGGACUGGAUCUAUCGGCAGCUCUGUGAAACCACCACUCCGCUCCACCCUCAGCUGCUGCCUCUUAUUGAUGUCUACAUUAACUCCAUUCUUACUCCGGCAUCUAAAUCCAACCCAGAGGCCACAAACCAGCCUGUCACGGAACAGGAGAUACUGAAUGUUUUUCAAGGACUCUCUGGGGGAGAAAAUACUCGUCUUACUCAACGAUACAGCAUCACAACACAGUUACUCGUCCUCUACUACGUCCUGUCAUACGAAGAAGCACUUCUGGCAAGCACAAAGAUACUAGCUGCCAUGCAGAAAAAACCCAAGUCUUACUCUUCAGCAUUAAUGGAUCAGAUUCCAAUCAAGUACCUCAUCCAGCAGGCCCAAGGACUGCAGCAGGAGCUGGGAGGCUUGCAUUCUGCGCUGUUACGCCUUCUGGCAACUAACUAUCCGCACCUCUGCAUUGUGGAAGACUGGAUCUGCGAGGAGCAGAUCACGGGCACUGAUGCCUUACUGAGGAGGAUGCUUCUUACAAACAUAGCGAAGAAUCACUCUCCCAAACAGCUCCAAGAAGCAUUUUCCAUGCUGCCUGGAAAUCACACCCAGCUGAUGCAGAUCUUAGAACAUUUAACACUUCUCUCAGCUGGCGAAUUGAUCCCAUAUGCAGAAGUGUUGACAUCAAAUAUGAACCGCUUGCUGAAUGCUGGAGUCCCUCGGCGGAUUCUUCAGACUGUCAAUAAACUUUGGAUGGUUCUUAACACUGUGAUGCCAAGAAGGUUGUGGGUGAUGACUGUUAAUGCUCUGCAGCCUUCAGUAAAAAUAGUCCGACAGCAGAAAUACACUCAGAAUGAUCUGAUGAUUGAUCCUUUGAUUGUACUGAGAUGCGAUCAGAGAGUUCACAGGAGUCCUCCUCUGAUGGAUAUAACUUUGCACAUGUUGAACGGUUAUCUUCUUGCUUCAAAAGCUUACCUCAAUUCUCACCUAAAAGAAACAGCAGAGCAGGACAUUAGGCCAUCCCAAAACAAUACAAUGGGUCCGGAAGCCCCAGAAGUUACAAGGGAAGAAUUAAAAAAUGCAUUGCUUGCCGCUCAGGACAGUGCUGCUGUGCAGAUUCUCCUAGAGAUCUGCUUACCUACAGAAGAAGAGAAAGCCCAGAGCAGUAAUAUCCACAGUUUGCUAAAGAGUGUUCAUAGUACCACAGGCCCGAAGAGUCCAGAACUAGAAGAAGAAGAAGAUAGCUUGCUGUGUAAUCUUCGAGAGGUCCAGUGUCUGAUCUGCUGUCUGCUGCAUCAGAUGUAUAUAGCGGAUCCCAACAUAGUCAAACUAGUUCAUUUCCAGGGUUAUCCAUGUGAGCUUCUGGCACUGACAGUGGCAGGGAUUCCGUCGAUGCACAUCUGUCUGGAUUUCAUACCCGAGCUCAUUGCUCAGCCUGAACUUGAAAAGCAGAUAUUUGCCAUCCAGUUACUUUCGUUUUUGUGUAUCCAGUACGCCCUACCUAAGUCUCUCAGCGUGGCUCGUUUAGCUAUCAAUGUGAUGGGAACUCUGCUCACAGUUUUAACCCAGUCGAAGCGCUAUGCUUUUUUUAUGCCGACCCUGCCUUGUUUGGUGUCAUUCUGUCAAGCCUUUCCUCCUUUGUAUGAGGAUAUUAUGUCUCUGCUGAUACAAAUAGGACAAGUUUGUGCUUCUGAUGUUGCUACGCAGACAAGAGACUUAGACCCAAUUAUUACUCGUCUCCAGCAACUAAAGGAGAAACCACAUGAAGUGUCAGGACUUUGUAAAGAUUCGUCUAACAAAAGCUGUUCAAGGGACGUUGCAAGCAUGGACCCUGAUGUUCGGUUAUGCCAGUGUGUUGAAAAUACGAUCAUUGAAAUAAUUAACAUGAGUGUAAGUGGAGUUUAGGAAGAACGCAAAUGAAAUUGUACUGUAGCUAGUCCCACGGUCUGUAGUGCCUAAAUUUGGAGAAAGCUGCAGAAGUGGACUGAGGAACUGGAGCACAAGAAGUCAGUGCUUUUCAUUAAUUCGAUUGAGUUACGGUUGAAAAGAAAAGAAUUCUUUAAAGAGGCUUAUAUUGGU